CCUUGUCCUUGUCCUUGUCCUUGUCCUUGUUCUUCUUCCUUCUUCCUUCUUCCUUCUUCCUUUUUUUCCCUUUUUUUUUCUUUGCUGGUUGGAAUGUACCCCACACAUAACGAAGGUUCUUAUGGCGCACCUAACAAUGGAUACGGCCAACAACCACCUGCCGAUGCAUUUUCUCGGAUGAACCUUGGUGGUCACCAUUUCCGAUUGCCUUCCUUACACAAUUACCAUCAGCAUCAAGGUGCACCACAACUGGAACCCAUAGUACAUGAGCCAAGCGAGGUCGUGUGUGGCCCGUUACUGCGGUAUAUUGAAAUUGACUACAGAAGACGUACCUGGCACGGUUCUAGUCUGGUUGUCUCGAAUGACCAGCGUCCGCCCAAGUUGGAACUCAAGGUCCAAGAAAAGGAUUCAAAGACAGUCCAGACCAUCCAAGUCCAGGGCGAAUUACUCGAUGUGUUUAGAAAUAAAUACUAUUUCUGGCGCUUUGCGAUCAAUGUGCCUUUGACGGAUGAAGGUCAAGUUGCAACCUACACUUUGAGCUGUUUGCCCGAAACUCAGUCCUAUAAUUUCCAUUUACCCGCCUACGACGAAUCAAUGCGAUUUAUGUUCCACUCAUGUAACGGAUUCUCGGACAUCGCACAAGAAAUCAAGGAUAGUUUUGGAGAAAAGGAGGCACCACUCUGGCAAGAUGUCCUUGACCGUCACGAAGUCAUGCCUUUCCACGUACUACUGGGUGGUGGAGAUCAGCUCUAUCAGGAUAGACUUAUCCACGAAGAGUUCAUGAAGCCCUGGGUCGAGGAAAAGGACCCAGUAAAGCGUGUAGGAAUGACUUUGCCAGAUAGUAUGAGAGAAGGGUUCGAACACUUUUAUUUCUGGAACUAUGUCAAGAACUUUGGCUUUGAAGGCAAUCCAGUUGUAGCAAAUGCAUUUGCUUCCAUUCCCUCUGUCAAUAUGUGGGAUGACCACGAUAUUAUUGAUGGUUACGGCUCAUACCCGGCAGACAUGCAGCGCGCAGACUGCUUCACAGUUCUAUUUGCCAAUGCAAGCCGUUUCUACUAUUUAUUCCAACACCACACUACAAUUGAACUUGCUCCCAGACAUGGUAUGAUUCGCGGUAGUCUUCCAACCUGUAACCAUAUUGUCACCACACUUGGUGCCGGUAUUGGUUUAAUUUCACUCGAUGCUCGCGGUGAACGUACCAAAUAUGCUGUCUGCACUCAACAGUCCUACGACGCUGUGUUUAACACACUCCGCAAGACAAUGCCCAAGACAAUCAAACAUCUUUUGGUACUGACAGGUGUGCCACUGGUCUACCCCCGCCUUACUCUAUUCGAAAAAGCCAUGGAUGGCGCUGCUGGAUUCAACCUGGCCACAAUUGCAGGAAAAACAGGUGCCCUUGGAGAUAUCAUUAGUGGCCAAUUGAACCGCUGGAACGGUGAUCCCGAACUCUUGGAUGAUAUGAACGACCAUUGGACAGCAGCUAACCACGAAGUAGAGCGAAGGACAUUUAUUGAAAAGUUCCAACAGUAUGCCAAGGAAUAUUCAAUCCGAGUCUCUUUCCUAGGUGGUGAUGUUCACUGCUGCGGUGCUGGUCGCUUGUACUCCAAAGAUAUGAAGGAAAAAGAAGAAGCCGAUCCUUACUUUAUGGUCCAAAUUAUUUCUAGUGCUAUUGUGAACAUCCCCCCUCCGCAAGCAUUAUUGACUGUCCUCAACCAAAACUCUUCAUACGAAACAUUCAAUCCUAAUGUUGAAGAAAAGAUGUACAAUCUCUUUAAAUUCUCUCCAAACGGAAACUCUAGAAACAACAAAAAGUUGAUGGGUAUGCGUAAUUACACUGCAGGAUACUAUGACGAAGAUACAGGAAAGAUGAACUUUUGGAUUCAGGCCGAAAAGAUUGUUGGAAAAAAGGGAACGAUGGGUUAUCUUAUUGAUGUUCCUAGACUGGUGUUUGGUGCGAAUGCCGAAAAUCUGCACAGAUUCGAUACUCGCCACCUCUUGUCUUUGCCUCACGAGCUUUACAAUACUCUUGCUUCAGCUGCAUCACGCGUAACUGGCCUAGUAGAUCAUGAUGCUCCUCAGCCAUACGGUGAAGCAGAUCGUGUAGGAGGUUUUGUUAUGCCACCGAGACAUGAUUAGACGAAGUUGGAGCUGUAUUCAAACAGAAUAAUAAUAAUAAAAAUAAUAGUAGGAUGUUUCAAGUUUAAAAA